AUGUGGUAUCAUUGGAGGACCACUGGGUCGGAUUCAAAUUUGGAUUCUUUGUUGAAAGAAUGGAAGAUUCUGAAUGGCAUAUCUGCUUUAUUGACAAUGGUUGUUUCAGCGUUAUUGCAAAUACCCCAAGCGGCCAAUGACCAUAUUACGAGGGAAACAGCACUGCUUUUAUUGAUAUGCGCCCUGAUGGGUCUUAUAUAUGGAUGUAUAUAUAUGGUGAUAUUUGGGACAAUGAGGAGCAUGUUUUGA